ACGGAGACCACGUGCGUUCGAGAUGCAAAAUCGGCGAGUGCCUUUGGUGUCGAUGUAAAGAAGUUCAUCUCGAAGGGAGUAGUCAGCGACUGGGUCGAGGUCACGGAGUUUGUUGUAGAUAGUCGAGAAAUCUGGGCAAGAGAGGUAGCCUUGGGUGUAGCGAUGGUGGAGUGAUGGGGGAGUUGGAUAUGAGUCAUGGUGGCGUAGACUUUCUCGGGGGGCUUGUGGUUGGGGUGUCGAGAGAGGGCAUCGGCAACGCGGUUGCUUUUGUAGGGGAUGUGGCAAAUGGUGAAUGUGAAUUGGGCAAAAAAGUCCAACCAGCGGACUUGGCGUGGUGUGAUGUCCUUCUUAGUGAGGAUAGAGAAGACGAUGGUGUUGUCAGUGCGGUUGGUGAAGUAUUGCCCGUCGAGGUUGGGGCGCCAGACUUUGAGGGCGUGGAUCACGGCGAGGAGUUCCUUCUCGUUGGAGGGGUAGUUCAUCUCCGCGGGAAGGACCUUCUUGCUUGCGAAGGCGAUGGGGUAUUCGUCGGGUGGAGCCUUGGGGAUGGAGAGGACUUGGCGAAGGUGUUGAAGGUGGGACUCGAAGGUGGGACUAUAAAUGAGGAUGUCAUCGAGGUAUAUGACGAAACAAACAUCGAGGAGGUUGUGGAAGAUGUGGUUCAUGGUGGAUUGGAAUAUGGCGGGGGCAUUAGUGAGUCUGAAAGGCAUCACGAGGAACUCGUAGUGCCCGAACCGAGAGUGGAAUGCGGUCUUGUGGGUGUCCUACUCGCGGAUGCGAAUCUCGUGGAAGCCACUGUGAAGGUCGAUCUUGGUAAAACACUUGGCUCCACGGAGGCGGUCAAGAAGCUUGGAGAUCCAAGGUAUUACCCUGGCAAUCUAGAGGAUGUUCCAAACACAGGCAAUGCUCCAACCAUCAUGCGAAUUGCUGACCUGAGAUGCGGUGUGCAUUCAAGAGACCCACCUACAGGAUACCCCACCGCACAUUGCAAAGGCGAAAUCAAUCUGGCCCUAUGCGAGCUUCUCAGCACCCGCCAAGACACGCAUAAAGGAACGAGCACCUCCCCUUAUACAGCAGAGCAGGAUGCGAAGGCCGCCGCCAUCCUGAAAGAGAGAAGAGAGAAGAAGGAGGCCAAGAAGAAGGCCUUGAUAGAAGAACAGGCGGCGAAGUUGAAGAAGAUUGAGGAGGAGAUGGUCAGAGAAAAAAAGAGGUUAAGGAAAGAAGCGGCAGAGAAGCUCAAGGCAGUAGAAGAGGAGGAAGAGGUAGAAGAACCGCCACUGGAAAGGCGAAGGACAGGAGGGAGAGGAGAAUCCAGUGGAACAAACGAAGAUCAGAUGGCGAAGAAGAUUACGGAUUGGGUUGCUGGUUUAUCCUUGGGAGAAGAAGAGGAGGCACUAAUAAGAAACCCACUCAAGCGGCAGGCUAUAGAAGAUGAGAAGAGGAUGGAGUGGAAGUUCCGACUGACGAGGGAGAAGGAAAGGAGAAUGGAGGCGGCGAGCCAGGCGGCGAAAGAAUUGGAGGAGGUAAAGAAGCAAAGAGCGCAGAUGGCGAAGCAGGUGGACCUACUGGGGAAGAUGGAGAUCAUGGUGAGAAACAUAGAGCGCCUGGCCCCGGUCCAGGAAGAACAAUAUCAGUUUGGUAGAGGUCAGGACAUUGCCUUACGCUCUAUACGGCUGGGACUCAGGGACUUUGCAAGGGAAUUAGCGACGCAGGUGGGCUCAGAGGUGAACGUUUGGGACAGAGGCAAGUGGUGGAGAGAUAAGAAGGAGGAGACUCUUGACUCUUGGUUGAGAACGGUUCCAGUGUGGGUCAGGGCGAAGAGGACGCUGGUAGAGGAGGAGGUGAUAAGUGUUGCAUCCUACUUAGAGGGUUUAGUAGCUCGCUGGCUUAAUGGAUUGGUGGCUUCCAAGGAAUUCGGUAGGAACAUGGGUGAUUCGGCCAAGACCUACACCCUAGAGAGCUUUAUGGAUUUGGUAGAGGCGAGGUGGCACAACCUUCAGCAGGCGCAGAUAGCCAUCGAUGGGUUAUUGAAACUUGAUGCUAGGAAGUACAAGUCGGUGCGCGAACUCACUACGACAGUAGAGCGUUUGAUUGUCGUCCCAGGGAAUCAAACUGAGAUCGAUGACAUUUCUGACCUUGUGGAGAUUUCAGAGUUAGACGACGAGGAUAGUGUUGAGGGUAGCAACCUAGCCGUGGUAGUCAAGACUAAGGCAGGUGGCCGCGGCUAGGGCGGUCAACAAAGGAGUCAGGGGCAAACUGCAAACCCAAACAAAAUAGCUGCUUGGGU